AUGGCUUCCAUAACGACCUUUCUAAGUAGGUGUGCUCAAGCCAAUACUCUACAGGUCCUUCGAACGAGCGCAGUGAUUGGUGUCUGUUUUCACAUUGCCAUCGCUAGAGCCAGCUUUGAAUUCGAACAGUACAUGUUUCCAUUUCUUGCGCUUGCAAGCGUCCUGCACAUCAGCGAAAUCCUCCUUAGUGUCAUACUCAGUCGCCAGGGCAUUGCAGGGGCCAUCCUCCAGGCUUCGCUCUUUUGGAUUGGUUUCAGCAUCGGAUUCCUCACCAGUCUUCUUAUUUACCGACUUUUCCUACAUCGAUGCCGAAAGUUCCCAGGGCCGCUAGUGGCAAAAUUUACCCGCUUCUACGCGGUUUAUUUGAAUGCGAAGGAUGCCCAAUUCUAUCAGGAGUUAGGAAGGCUACAUGAUAGAUAUGGUGAUUACCUUCGAGUUGGUCCUCGAGAGGUUAGUAUUCUAGACGCAGCCGCUAUCCCCAUCAUCUACGGACCCAACACGAAAUGCAUUAAAGCGACCUGGUACGCUGCAAAUGGUCUUGACGCGGAUGAAGUGUCCAUUGGAGGAAUACGGGAUCCAGCGAAGUAUAGACUACGACGGCGUGCUUGGGAUCGCGGCCUGUCAAUCAAAGGCAAGCUGUAUCUCCCCCGAGUCAAGGCCCAAACGGACAUACUUCUUCAGCAGCUUAUGAAUCGUGCUGGUCAGCCGAUGGAUAUCUCGGAAUGGGCUAUGUUCUACAGCUUCGAUGUAAUGGGCGACGUGGGUUUCGGAAACCCCUUUACCAACAUGGCUACAGGUCGAGAAGACCCAGCGAUCUAUGCGAUGCACAAGAACAUCUGGCCAUUGGGAAUGAUCCUGACAAUUCCGUGGUUCCCUUUACUCGUCGGCGCUAUUCCAGGAGCGAAAGCUGGGUUAUCAGAAUUUUAUGGUGUCUGCACGAAGACCCUGGAGGACAAGCAGAAAAUGUUCGAGAGCGAUAAAGAACCAACUAAUGUUGUUGCGUGGCUGUUGAAGGCGAUCGAGGAGAAGGACGUAUCAGCUUCACCGACUCAUGAGUCUUUAGCCGGCGAUACUCAGGGUGUAAUUUUGGCUGGAAGCGACACGACUGCAAACACGCUCUCAAACGCUCUCUUUCUCCUCACCAAGCACCCCGAGAAACAACAGAGGCUCCGAGAGCUGCUCCACGCCGCCGUACCAGAAGGCUAUAACGCCUGGGACUACACGAAAGGCAAAAACGUCACGUAUAUUGAUGACAUUAUCAACGAAACGUUACGUCUCAAACCACCAAUCAUCCAGGGCCUACCGCAUGAGACACCUGCUGAGGGUAUUCAAAUCGGCGACAAAUAUAUUCCAGGCCAUGUUAAUGUAUCGGUGCCAGGUACCCUCAUUCAGCGAGAUUCUCGUUGGUGGAAGCAACCUAACGGCUUCAUCCCGGAGCGGUGGACGGAGAAAAGGGAGGAGAUGGGGACAGCGAAUGGACCAUGGAUACCGUUUCAGCUUGGAAUGCACUCUUGUGCUGGAAAGAACCUCGCAUAUCUCACCUUGCGGAUCGCGCUCUCUGCUAUUGUACAGAAUUUCGAAAUCCCGUUCGCGCCAGGAGAGACUGGUGAGAAGUUUGACGGGAAUUACCUUUCUUCGUUGAUGAUGACGCUUCGGCCCUUGAAGCUGGUGUUUACGCCGAUAUCGAGUUCGUAA